AUGAGCGAUCCCCCUCCUUCCACGGCUCAAUUUUCAGUAGUUCAGCCUUGGCAGAAGCCAGCGAGAAGCAGGAUGCUUGAGGUGUUGAGCCUGUAUGUUGAGCAUGCCGCGGUGGCAACAUCCGUUUGUUUUCUCCUGUCACUACUUGUGGAGGUGCAGAAGGUGCAUCGCUCUCAGGGCGAGGCUUUGAGGGACGUCUGCCCAUCGAACUUGCUACUCAUGCUUGUCAACUCUGCGCUUUGGCUUUGGUAUGCGAUCUGUGUCCCGCUUCCCCCGUUGGUGCUAAACAACACUAUUGGACUGACCGCAUGCUGCUACUGUUUGACCAGCUGCUGGUUCUAUGCACGUCAGCGCCGUGAGCAGACAUGGGGCACGGCCGCAGCCGCCAGCACCGUCCUGGCAUUUAUGGCAAUCUUCCUGGCCCUCGUCUAUGCAGAGACGUCAUCCUCUCAUGCUCAGCAAGUUGGAUACUUGGCCAUGGCAGUGAGCAUCCUUGCAUAUGGAGCCUCGCAGCGGCCCGCCGAGUGCUUGUUGAGAAGUGCUCCCGGGCUCUGCCACCUGCGCAGUGCGUCCUAG